CCUAUACAACUUCGGAAGUGAACAUGAUUUGGAGAAAAUUUGAUCCCUUCGAAUUUAAAGACGAUUUUUCUACCAGUGGUUUGAUUAUUAGCAGUGUCAAACAGAAGGACUGUCACCAAAAAUCAAGAGUAUAUCCUUGCUUAAAACUUCAAUUUGAAAUAGAAAGGGACUUCAGCCAAUUGAUUUUAGUGAUCUACGUCCCAAGUGUGUUUUUAGUGAUUCUGGGAUGGAUGAGCAUGUGGAUUGACAAGAACCAAGUAGCCGCGCGCACCAAUCUGGGCGUGUUCUGUGUACUUUCCAUAGUAACACAACUAGUGGGCAUCUUUGCAAUCGAGAAGGAAUUGAAAGAUGUAAUUGCAGUGGAUAUUUGGAUUGCAGUCUGCAUGUUCUUUACAAUCAAGUCACUUUUUGUGUUUAUUUUGGUUCACAACAUGAAACGAAGGAAAGAUAAACUGAAAGAGAAGUACAAGGAAACUUCCGAGACAAGUGAUGUGAAGUUUGAAGCUGCUUGUUACAAGAUCCCGCACGGAAAAUUACAGAAUGUGUUUAGAGUUGUCUACCCCAUCUUAUUCAUUGCAUUCAAUAUUGUGUACUGGACAUAUUUCCUAUCUGUAGGCUGAAAUGUUAGUUUGAUGAAAUAACAAAUCCACCUCCAGUUUGAUCAUUUUUUUAAAUAUAAUUUUAGUUACUUAUCAUAUUUUCAUAUAACUCAAUAUACAUUCUUUCAACUGGUCUUGCUUUAUUAUAAUUAACAAGCAUCUCAUCCUCUACACCAUUCUAUUGUCAAAUACAAACUGAAAUUGGGCUUUAGAAAAUUAUUUAUAUUAUUUUUUAUACUUAAAAUUUCUACCCUUGGUCUCAGUUAUUAUCAUCUGAGACCUCAACUGAUUCAAACCAUCGGCAAAUGGUCCUUCACUUUGAUUUUAAA